AUGUUUUUGAGACUGAGCAAUCGGGUUGCAUAUGCGAGGCCUCCGGACAGAAAUCUCUUCCUUGAAGAGAACGGCCGCACAUAUCAUGAAUAUUGGAGAGGAGUCUGUAUGUUACCGUGUGAUGAAGAGGAGCAGGACCGUCUUGAUCUGUUCCAUAAGCUAUUCACGGUAGCACGGGUAUUCUUCGAUGUGGGAUUUGGGACAGAGACCUGGGCUAUCGAUGUCGCCCAUAAAUAUCCCGAUGCCUUUGUUGUUGGGAUGGAUCUUCCUUGGCCGCUUGGUGAAGACCCCUGGGAUCUUAUUCAUCUGCAGAUGGGAUGCGGCAGUGUCAUGAAAAUCGAUUUCGAACCUCGCUGCGCCAAUUGCUCUUUGAACGCACUGGCACUAGGCCAAUGGUACCAGUACCUAAAGCAGGCAACACAGGCCACUAUAGCCCGGAAAGAGGCAGCUUUUACCCAAAUCGACCAUCGGAUGAUGAAAUUGCCUCUCAAUCCUUGGCAUGAUGAUGAACAUGAGACAAAGGUUGCUCGCUGGUAUAGCCUAGCUUUUUCCGAGAGUCUCGAGACCCUCAGUCUUGCUCCUUUCAGUCGCGUGCUCAAAUGGCCUUUGGAUAGGAUCAGACAUCUAGCAGCUGAGGCUAACUCAGAGGCCUUUAACAAGGAACUCCGUGCUUACAAUAUCUUACUAAGCGAGCCUUUCCCCAGCCAUAUCUUCUGA